GGGAAGUAUGCAGUUUCGAACGUAGCCUAAGUGAACCGAACAUGUCUCCUCCCGGUCACCGUAGUAAAUAUUCUGGUGUUUAUUUGUCAGUCAGUCGUAGGGUGGCGAUGAAAAAUACAGCAAACUGUUCGGAAAAAUACUGAGCUGAGGAGGAGGAGCAGUGUUAUUCUGUCUUCUGCAGCCAGCCAGCCAGCCAGCCAGCUAACGUUAGCCAGUCAGUUUGUGAUGGAACUGAUUCGGCAGCAGUGGAACUGCGAGUCUGGACCGCAGUCACUGUUCGGCUUUGAUUUAGAGAGAUCAUAACAUGGAAAUCCAGAACCAACCAAUCCUAGCAUUUAGAAGCUGAAGAACAACCUGUAUUACAUUCAUAACCUACUACUUUAUCUGCUGCUACGAAUUAUCUGUUUUCAGAUCUUCAUAGUUUGCUUUAAUUGUCAUCAACGUCAUAGUCUCCACCAUGGUUCAGAAGUAUCAGUCCCCUGUGAGGGUGUACAAACAUCCUUUUGAACUGGUCAUGGCAGCAUAUGAGAGGAGGUUUCCCACUUGUCAUCUUAUUCCCAUGUUUGUGGACAGUGAUGUGAUCAAUGAGGAGAACAGUGAGGAUGGAUCCAUUCAUAAGAUUGAGAGAAGGUGUAAACUAGACGUGGAUGCACCACGACUCCUCAAACGGAUUGCAGGUGUGGACUAUGUCUACUUCAUUCAGAAGAACUCCCUGAACCACAGUGAAAGAACUCUUCAUAUUGAAUCCCACAAUGAAACCUUCUCCAACAGAGUCAUAAUCCAUGAACUUUGCUGUUACUCGGUUCACCCAGAAAAUGAAGAAUGGACGUGUUUUGAACAAUCUGCCAGUCUGGACAUCAAAUCUUUCUUUGGUUUUGAGAGUACAGUAGAGAAGAUCGCCAUGAAACAGUAUGCCAGCAGCAUCAAAAAGGGUAAGGAGAUUAUUGAAUACUAUCUGAGGGAGCUGGAGGAAGAAGGUGUUAUCUAUGUACCUCGGUGGAGCCCUUGCCUACCAUCACCCACAAAACCUAUGGUGUCAGUUGUUCACCCUGUGUUGCCUAUCACUCCCGCAAUCACCAUUGAAGCCCCUACUGAGAGCAUGAAUGAGACUCAAGUGUGUAAAGAGGGCAGCAGUCCUCCUGGCAGCCUAAAUGAUACCUUGGUAGCCAGUCCAGAUGAUAAACUGGAUGCAGACUACAUCAAACGUUACCUGGGUGACCUCACACCACUCCAGGAGAGCUGUCUCAUUCGCCUGCGCCGCUGGUUACAGGAGACACACAAGGGCAAGAUCCCAAAAGAUGAGCAUAUUCUACGGUUCCUGCGUGCACGGGACUUCAACAUAGAUAAGGCAAGGGAGAUCCUUUGUCAGAGUCUGACAUGGAGGAAGCAGCAUCAGGUGGACUACCUGCUGGAUACAUGGAGCUCUCCUCAGGUGUUGCACGAUUACUACACCGGUGGCUGGCACCACCAUGACAAGGAUGGCCGGCCUCUGUAUAUCCUACGGCUUGGACAUAUGGACACUAAAGGUCUGGUUCGAGCACUUGGAGAAGAAUCCCUGCUUAGACAUGUGCUGUCAAUCAAUGAAGAGGGUCUGCGACGCUGCGAGGAGAACACUAAAGUCUUUGGUCGGCCAAUUAGUUGCUGGACAUGUCUGGUCGAUCUUGAGGGGCUCAAUAUGAGGCAUCUGUGGCGCCCUGGAGUCAAAGCUCUGCUGAGGAUUAUUGAGGUAGUGGAGGCCAAUUACCCUGAGACUCUAGGCCGUUUGCUUAUCCUCAGAGCUCCCAGAGUUUUUCCUGUCUUGUGGACACUGGUAAGCCCUUUUAUUGAUGAGAAUACACGAAAGAAGUUUCUGAUCUAUGCGGGAAAUGACUACCAGGGCCCUGGUGGUCUUGUGGACUACAUUGAUAAAGAAAUCAUCCCUGACUUCCUUGGAGGAGAGUGUAUGUGUGAAGUCCCAGAGGGUGGCUUGGUGCCUAAGUCCCUGUACAGAACUGCAGAGGAACUGGAGAAUGAUGAAAUCAGGCUGUGGACAGAGACUAUUUACCAGAGUGCCAGCAUCUUUAAAGGAGCGCCACAUGAGCUACUGAUUGAGAUCAUCGAUGCCUCCUCAGUCAUCACUUGGGACUUUGAUGUGUGUAAAGGUGAUGUGAUCUUCAAUAUCUACCACUCUAAACGAGCUCCACAGCCGCCAAGAAAAGAUCCGCUGGCUACCCAUGGCAUCACCUCUCCUGCAGGCAACAAUGUGCAGCUUAUAGAUAAAUCCUGGCUGCUGGGACAGGACUACAGUAUGGUGGAGUCACCACUCACUUGCAAAGAGGGAGAAAGUGUGCAGGGUUCGCAUGUGACUCGAUGGCCAGGUUUCUAUAUUUUGCAAUGGAAGUUCCACUCUAUGCCAGCAUGCGCCACCACAAACCUACCUAGGGUGGAUGAUGUUCUGGCUACUCUGCAGGUGUCCUCUCACAAGUGUAAAGUCAUGUACUACACUGAGGUUCUUGGCUCAGAAGACUUCAGAACGGCUUGCUGCGAUGUGCAGAGUUUGGGCUCAAUGACCAGUCUGGAAUCUAGCCACAGUGGUUUCUCUCAGCUCAGCGCCGCCACAACAUCCUCCAGCCAAUCACAGUCCAGCUCCAUGAUCUCCAGGUAGAAUGGAAAGAGAUUUAGGCUCUAGAAUGUUAUAGAAUUGCAAGACUCAAUUCUCAAUCAACCCUAUUACUACUCUUCCUAAAAAUAUAUCCUUACCUCAAAGGAUUUUGGUGACUGUAGAUGUUUUUAAAGGGCUUGAAUCUGCUUUGCCAUAGCACUCAGUUGGGCUACAGGUCAGUUCAUAGUCUGACUGUGCUUUGUAUGCAUCUAAAAGAGGUUACUCUUUAUCAUGCAUUUCUACAUUUCCCAUGGACAGCAAUAUAUGUUCUAAAAUUGGAAAGAGCCUGAAAUUAAGUAACUGAAUGUGUGCAUAUGCCCCCCACACAAAUUUCAAAUACUGCACAUACACAUAUGCACUUAGUUCUGCCAUAUCACUUGGAGCUCAUCCUCUUGGUGAAUUGUUUUUAGGUCAGUGGGUGAGCUUCUGCAAUAACUUAGAAGAAUUUGUACUAUUUGAAUUUGUAAUUAUCAUAAAAUUUGGAGACUGGAUUAAGUCUUCUUGGGUGCUACAAGCUUGUUUCCUCAUUGUUAGUGUGUGGCUAGACUUUCAGUUUGAACACAGCAAAGUGUUUAGUGAAAUAGUCACAGUACUGCUUUUGUGCUCAUUACUACUAGUGUUGGCUCCAAUUUUGACUUGGUGAAAAACACCUUGAUAUCGAACCUCAGACUCGCUGCUGAUCAGUUUCUAUGCAGUCAGCCAAUCAGUGCUUGGAAGGGUCAUUCAUAUUAAUAGGUCAAAACAUUUUUGAAUGACAGCUUUCCUAGAAGAGAGGCAGUGUACAUUUUGUAGUGAAUUUUAUCAUUGCUUCAAUAGAAUGUCUUGUUACAUAGAAGGGUCUUGAAUCCAAUUGUUUUUAUGGCUCUGUAUUACAGAUGGUAUAGGAAAGGUGUGUGUGUGUGUGUGUGUGUGUGUGUGUGUGUAUUUUGCCUCUUUUGGUUGAUAGUUUCUAUUAGUAAAGACUUGGAGUGAAGUUACACAGCAUGCUCCUAAAAGCUCUGUAAAACCUUAAAUAACUUGCUUAUUUGUUCAGGUUAAAAUAUAAAUAAACAUUUUAAACAAAAUGCUCAAAAAUUGUCUUUUAGGUGAAAGCAUGUCCAUUAAUCCAGGUGACUUUUUAAUACAUUUAACACCAUGCACAAUAAACUUAUUUCAACUGCCUACUAUCCUGAGAAAAUAUGUGUGUGCAUUGUGAGGUUUACCUGAGGACAGUGGAUGUACAUGCUCACAUUUAACUUGGCCCAAUCACUUGAAUGAUGUCAUAGCCCAAUAAUCUGAAGAUACUCCCUCUUCUCCAUUUCUCAGCCUUAUCAGUUCUGAUUUCAUGGACAGGACAUUUUAGGGAAAAGGAGAUAGUUACACUGAACAACAGCUAGCUGAUCAUAGAUCAUAGAAUGUUGAUCAUAAUAUGGUUUAUUUACAAUGUAUUAGUGUUCUGGAAAUCUUCUCUAAAAAUAACAAAGUAAGGAGAAACAAGUAAUACUUUUUGUUUGAUGGUUAAAAAAUGAACCCCAAAAAGAGGAAUCCCUUGAAACUUCUAAACGCCCAUGAAGCACACAUUCUGAACCAUGUGUACUUUGAAAUCCCUUUAUUUGUCUACAAGUUGUCAGUCAGGCUUACCUUUCUAGAAUUUAAUGGGGUUUAACCAUGCACAGGUUAGUACAUUUGCUUUAUGCUUAGUAUUUAGGGAAAAAUUAAAAGAUACUAUUUACAGUUUUUAAAAUUGAUGCUUUAAUAAUGCAAAAUUCAAUACCCUUGUAUCAAGUGUAACCAUGUAAUACUUUACUGUGAAGAGAGUUCUGUGUGAUUUAUGUGCCCCCCCCCCCCCCCCCCCCCUUUCACUUACUUGUUUCAGUCAUGUAAUGCAGUAUGUCAGUGCUAAUUUGUAUGCCAUUUUAUUUGGUGUGUCUGACUGUCGGUUAGAUGAGACCCCUUAUAUUGUGAUAUGCAUCUGCACAGUAAAUAUAUAAGGGUGUCCAAAAAAUAAACUCCAACAUUCUCAUUGUGUAAGUUGAGCUUGGAAUGUUUAGAAAAAAAAUCAACCGGCUGAACUAAAUGAAUGAGUGUUUGUGUUUGGAUCUUCUUAGAUUUACAUGAUCUUACAGAAUCUCAGCUUUUCUAUGUAGUGAUAAUGCUUAGCAUAAAAACAACACCAACCUGGAUUAUGUUUGAAUAUCUCUUCCUUUUUAUCUGGUCUCAUUUGUGUUUUGAGGGCUAUUAAAUGUUUGUUUCUGUCUGUUGUUUUCUCCCUCUGUAUAUUCUCCUUUAUUCUAAGAUGUUACAUAUCUUUUUUUUUUUUUCCUGACAAAUUCUGUAUGUGAACAAAUUUAAUUAAUAUAAAAAUAUAGCGCAUUUACAUUUUCUGAAGUUAUUAAAUUUGAAUAAAAGAGAUGCUUAAGCUGUU